UCACGUGAUUCACCCCCCCCCCCUCCCCCCCUCACAGCUGGUUUGGUUGAGCAUAAUAAAUAGCGAAGCGUCUCGUCAUCAAGUGUCCAGUUCAACGCCAAAAACAUGGGCAAAGGUGGAGGAACUUUCGAAAGGCUGUUGGACAAGGCCACCAGUCAGCUGCUUCUGGAGACAGACUGGGAGUCCAUCCUGCAGAUCUGUGACCUUAUUCGGCAAGGAGACACACAGGCCAAAUAUGCAAUUGCCGCCGUUAAGAAGAAGCUGAAUGACAAAAAUCCACACGUAGCUCUCUACGGCCUCGAGGUUUUGGAGUCGGUGGUGAAGAACUGUGGCCAGACGAUUCAUGAUGAAGUGGCGAGCAAGCAAACCAUGGAGGAGCUCAAGGACCUGUUCAAGAAACAAACCGAGCCAAACGUCAGGAACAAGAUCCUGUACCUUAUCCAGGCCUGGGCUCACGCCUUCCGCAACGAACCCAAGUACAAAGUGGUCCAAGACACCUACCAGAUCAUGAAGGUUGAAGGUCACGUGUUCCCGGAGUUUAAAGAGAGCGACGCCAUGUUUGCUGCUGAAAGGGUGUUUUUACAGGCCCCCGAUUGGGUGGAUGCCGAGGAGUGCCACAGGUGCAGAGUUCAGUUCGGAGUGAUGACCCGCAAGCACCACUGCCGAGCAUGUGGACAGAUCUUCUGUGGCAAGUGCUCCUCCAAAUACUCCACGAUCCCAAAGUUUGGCAUUGAGAAAGAGGUUCGAGUGUGUGAGCCCUGCUUUGAGCACCUUAACAACCACCCCUCCCUGUCUCCCCCUUCUAGGAAAGCAGAAGGGAAGAGCAGCAGCAGUAGCAGCAGCAGCAGCACCGGCGGCGGCGGCCAGUCCGAGCUUCCUCCCGAGUACCUGACCAGCCCUCUGGCCCAGCAGUCUCAGCAGAUGCCCCCUAAGAGAGAUGAAGCAGCACUGCAAGAGGAAGAGGAGCUGCAGCUGGCCAUUGCUCUGUCUCAGAGUGAAGCUGAGGAGAAGGAGAGAAUGAGGCACAAGGGCUCGUACCCCGUGUACCCCAAAGCCGACCCAACCCCAGUGACCUCCUCCGCUCCACCCGUCAGCACUCUUUACUCUUCUCCUGUGAAUUCCUCCGCUCCUUCAGCUGAAGAUGUUGAUCCUGAGCUGGCCCGCUAUCUGAACAGGACUUACUGGGAGAAAAAGCAGGAGGAAGUGCGCAAGAGUCCCACCCCGUCUGCUCCUGCACCGGUGCCAUUGGCUGAACCGAUUCCAGUCAGCCAGCCAGCAGAAAGCCAUGCCCCUGUUCAGCCCAUCAACAUAGUAGAGCAGCAGUACCAGAACGGAGAGUCCGAGGAGAACCACGAGCAGUUCCUCAAAGCGCUGCAGAAUGCAGUCACCACCUUCCUGAACCGCAUGAAGAGCAACCACUUGCGCGGGCGCAGUAUCACAAACGACAGCGCCGUGCUCUCGCUCUUCCAGUCCAUCAACAACAUGCACCCGCAGCUGCUGGAGCUCCUUAACCAACUCGACGAGAAGAGACUGUACUAUGAAGGGCUGCAGGAUAAGCUGGCGCAGGUUCGGGAUGCACGGGCCGCUCUGAACGCUCUGAGGGACGAGCACCGCGAGAAACUGCGCCGUGCCGCAGAGGAGGCAGAGAGGCAGAGGCAGAUCCAGCUCGCUCAGAAACUCGAGAUAAUGAGGCAGAAGAAACAGGAGUAUCUGGAGAUGCAGAGACAGCUGGCCAUUCAGCGUCUGCAGGAGCAGGAGAAGGAGCGGCAGCUGCGCCUGGAACAGCAGAAACACACCAUCCAGAUGCGUGCGCAAAUGCCUGCCUUUUCCCUGCCUUAUGCCCAGAUGCAGUCGCUGCCGCCUAACGUGGCAGGAGGGGUGGUGUAUCCACCCACCGGACCCCCCAGUUACCCCGGCACAUUCAGCCCUGCUGGAUCAGUGGAAGGCUCUCCCAUGCACGGGGUCUACAUGAACCAACCCGGGCAAGCAGGAGGAGGACCAUACCAAGCCAUGCCGGCAUCAGCUACAGAUCCCAACAUGGUAAACGCCUACAUGUAUCAAACCGCGGGAACGGGUGGGCAACCUGCCCCCCCUGGUCAGGCUCCGCCUCCUAACACCAGCCCUCCGUACACUAACUAUCAGCCCACUCCGACACAGGGCUACCAGAAUGUGGCAUCUCAAGCCCAGAGUUUGCCCCCGAUGUCCCAGGCUGCCCCAACCAACGGCAUGACCUACAUGGGUUACCAGCCUUACAGCAUGCAGAACAUGAUAUCAGCACUUCCUGGACAGGACCCCAACAUGCCUCCGCAGCAGCAGUACAUGCCUGGCCAACAACCCAUGUACCAGCAGAUGGCGCCCCCUGGAGGUCAUCAGCAGCAGGCACAGCAGCACCCCGCAGGCAGCGCAGAGGCUCAACUUAUCUCCUUCGACUAAAAUUUCCCAUUCUUGUCUAUUCCACUACACUACAUUCUCAAGCCCUCUGAUUUCCAACCGCUACACACACACACACACGCACACACAGACCCACUCACAAUAUUUCUGUGAUCAUCUGUUAAGGAGAAAGUCCUGGUUAUCAUAAAUAUGACUCAUCACAGCUGAUAUGAUCUUUCUCUCUCUUAAUGCUUUACAUAACGAGAAGUCUACAACUGGUUGUGAAAUCCUCCAACUCUCGAAACAUGUAUAACGUUUCCAUAUGAAACACCUCUUAGCUAGUCAUUCGUAUCCUUGAAUAUUAACAGGAUGUAUUAAAAAUUAAAAAUGAAGAAAAAGAAAAAAAGACGUGACCAUCUACAUAUUUUUCUAAAGUCGAUCUGCAUGCGUUUAGUUCUUCUUUACGGAGUCUCCAACCCGAUCGCUUCUCGUGUCUCUCACGGCCACUGAUCCCAACAUUCCAGAGCAGCGAUCAUCCCGGGAAUCCAGAGUCCGUAAUAUCAUUAUCACGGAAUCCUAGUUCUUCUUUCGUAUAUUCGGUUCAAUUUAAGGGGACUGGUGCUGUAUGGUGUUUUGGUUUAUUAUUUUUUUCUGCUUUUAGUGUCGAUUUGUAAGAAAAUGGGAGGAAAAAAAGGACAAUUUCACAAUACAGAGAAAAAAACGAAUGCAGCUGAGAUGAAAAGGAAGCUGUUGUAGAGAGCGAUGAGACAGGAUUAUAUAGCGAUUCAGAGGAAGUCUGCUUUAAAAUAAAUAAAUAAACGCAUGUUUGUAAUGUCAAUCGAGCAGUUCUGUAACCCUUUAAUGCCAUCUGUGGACAGCUUCGCUCCAUCAUACUGAUCCGUAUGACUCCGGAAAAAAGUUUUGAAAUUAUAUUUAAUAAAUAUCUCAUUCUUUUACUGUGCAA